AUGGCUUCUCGUUUAUACGCGGAUUGCUUUGUGAAAAUAUUCGAAUUCCUCCGAGGCGACAUUGUAUCCUUACAUGCUGUUGCCUUGGUGAACAAGUCUUGGUGUCAGAGCGCGAUUUCCAUAAUGUGGGAAAACACCUUGGAUGAAAAAAUGUUGAUGGGUAAAAAUGGGAAGCAAAGAGGAUUUAGGAUCAUUGACACCUAUAUAUCAGGUCUCUCGCAAGCGUCACGAGAUGCUCUGAAGAUGGAGAAGGUCAUCUUGCCAGUAGUCACAAGACUCCCGACCUUUCCAUAUGCCUCCUAUUUAAGGAACUUGGAUUUGAAGUGCUUUUAUAUUGCGUUACAAUCUUGGAUCGAAUAUUCAGUGUUUAUGAGGAAGGGACUUACCAGCGACCAAAUUCGACUGCUUAUUCAAGAAUUGUUGCAACAAAUUUUUACCCUUUCUCGACGCAUGAAUGUCCUCAGAGUGAACGUAGAUAUUAUUGGGGCUAUCGUCGCCGAUAUACUUCAGCGUGUGCCCAAAGCAAAUAAAUGUUUGGCACACUUAAAGGAAUUCAUGUAUUUUGCCGAGCAUCCCACAAUGGAAACACUUUUUUCGCAAAUUGCACAAUCCGCUGGCCAGAUUGAACGACUGGACAUAUCUGUAUACGAUCGUACGGCCGAAUUGAUUAACAUGAUUAGGGCACAAAGAAAUUUGAAGGUUUUAAUCAUUACAAAUCGAACAAAUUCCCCCUUCGGCUUCAAAUUUUGGACCAACACGGAUGCCGGAACUGUGAUUUUGGAAAAAGCACGGUCUAUCACUAAUUUAGAAAUUCAAAAAAUACACUUCCCUUUUCAAGAUCUUGCACGAUUUGAAAACCUAUUGGAUUUGAAUCUACUAUUCAGUGGAACCUAUGGUUUUCAGGACUGGGCACCUUUGGCAGACGUGCGUUUAAAGAACCUCCGAAAUAUCUUGUAUCAAAACCGGCAUUCACUUUAUUUAGAUAUCUUUGGAAAAUUCGUUGAAAACUCCGGCAAGAGCUUGAGUAGCAUUACAAUCAACUGCUGCACAAUAUGUGAUCCUGAUAAGUCACAUCUUCUCAUCACCUCAAUUGCGGAUAAUUGCCCCAACCUUUUGCAUUUCGGCGGACCGAUCGGAGCGAAUAAUGCGUCGGAACUUGGACAGCUACUUAAUGCGUGUUCGCACAUAGAGUCUUUGGAACUUCAUCCGUCAGUAGACAACUGUAGAUCUGCCGCAUCGCCGAUCGAUUUCAAUCCUGUAUUUAGAAAGAUCACGCUCAAACAACCAUGGAAUUUGAAAGAACUAUCCGUCAUUCACGGUUGGAAAUUCUCCGCCGAGGUUCUUGAAAAUUUCAUACAAAGCAGAGAAAGAAUUUCGAAAAAGAUUCGGAUAUUCUGGAAUGAUUGCGAGAUAAUGGGAAAUUUUGACAAGAUUUGUCAAAAGUAUCAGAAAAAUGGAAUUUUAGAUAAAUAUGGAAAGAUCAAUACCAUAAA